AUGGGUCUCUUUGGAAACCUCUGGGACGGUGUCAAGUCGGCAGGUCAAUGGGCCCUUGACCACUCAGCCAAUAUUGCUCCCGUUGUCAAGGCUGUUGGCGAUGCAGCAAGUCACCUCCUCCUCAUGGAUAAUAGCAGCCCUGGCUUUGCAGCAGCUGCUGCUCCCGAAAGCCUAGCCAAUGAGACGGGCUCACAACAGUUGGCCAAGUAUCCUCAGAUGUUUGCCUACGUCAGUCAUCAGCUAGCUGCCACCGCAAAAGAGGGAGUCCAGGCCGAUCUAGAAAUGGGUAGCAAGACCACCAUCACUGAGGACGGCCUUGUUGGCUUGUGGACAGAUCCCAAUGGCCUAUCAUUCGACGGGAGCCCUUCCAUAUCGAUGUAUCAAGAUCUUUCGGCUUUUAUGGGAACUAUGAAUAUCCCAGUCUCCUGGACGGAUAGCUCUGGUGAUGUUCAUGAUACAGUCCACGAAAUCGGCCAGAUAUUGUUUGCAAACAGUGGACCUCAGAGUCUCGCAGCUGUCGCCCGCAGUGACAACCCUAUUGUGAGAAUUAUGGCAGAAGUUCCGACUCAAAGUGGUUUCAUUCAUGCCUGUCAUGUAUACUACCCGAUCCCAAUGGGUAAAGCCGGAGAGGAGUUCUCGCUGCAUAGUGCUAUACACAUCAGGUACACCACAAAUGCAGACACGGCAACCAUGGCUACAGUCAAAGACCAUCUGACAGUCAAUAAUCCGCUGAGUGACCAAGACUCAUGGGUGGUGACAAUGAACAUCACCUGGGCCAGUGCUCCCAUCGCUGCAUCACCGGAUGUGCAGAAAAGGUUCACGGAAAUCUUCACCAAGCAGAACUCUGUCCUCAAUCUCGCCGUUUCCAACGUCACUGGCACACUUCAGACCGUCAAGGUUCAGACGCCGGCUGAUAAGACUCCAGCCUACGCCAAAGCUGCCGUGGAGGCUGCAGUGACCGCAGCCCUUAAUGACGGGUCAAACAAUAAGAAUGGGCCCGCCAUGAACACAGCUCAAGUUUGUGUCACUGAUUCCUCUUGGCUUCCAAAGGGGUCGAACCCUUAG